AGGUGUUAUUGGCCAUAACCACUGUCUUCGCACGGCUAUCAACACCGACGCUAUCUUCGUUAUCCUGAUGUAUAUUCCUCCGCGACAAUGUCAAUGUUUAAAUGUCCAUUAUAUAUCAAUAAGAGUUCAAACGUGUGCUCGCUGACAUGUGAAAUGAACCAUGGCUACCUGUGUAGUACCUAUGAAAAGACAUACCUAUGUACAUAGGUGGGACAUUUAAUGGCCGGUAUUGGAUGACAACAACUCCUGUUAAGAGACAGUAUUUCGAGUCACUACAUGCAGCCUACACGAAUAAAUUUACACAAUAUAUUAGUAGUCACUCGUACACGUAACACAGAUGAACAUCAAUAGCAACUGUUGUUUUGAUUGAGACCCGCCGUGUUUACAGUGUUGGUAAGAGUGCUUUCCGUGCUAAACACCUGUAAAGUUGGACGUACUCUACUGUGUUCAUGAGAUUGAACGGCAACCAAGGAUAUUAUAAACCUGGACAUUCCAUACAUGUGUUUACCUCAAGUACUAGUGGAGAUGUACUGAUUCUUCAACACGAGAUACAGACCUCAUUGUAAAGAUGGCGUAUCGUCAUACCCGACCUCGUGCCCCCAUAGCAGCUUCCUUCUCAAGUCCCGGGCCCGUUUACGGAUUACCCGGCCUGGUGGGACAGAAAUCCCAUGACCCACGGAGCGUUCAUGUGAUGAAACCCGCCCAUACAUUUGGACAUCGUGUGGGACGGAACCAGAAGGACCGUAGUCCGGGGCCAAGUAAGUACUUCCCAAAUGCAAAGUUGUCCCGUAGGGGAAUUGAUGGGACUCCGAAGUAUUCUAUGAGUGGACGUCAUCCUUCUAAGUCUAAACACGGCAGUCCCGGCCCAGGGGCGUACAACCCAGGUGGGUCAAAGUCAAACCCUAGAAAUGCCUUCAGCUUUGGUGGUCGUCACCGGAGCAGGAAAACCGGCCAGACACCCGCGCCUAACACUUAUAAAGUCCCCGGGUGUAUCGGUAAGACCGUACAGAGCGGUAAGAGACAGGCCCCUAUGCACAGUUUAGGCACUAGACGAGCAUUGGCCGCAGAUCACGGCAAAGCACCGGGGCCAGGAACUUACGGACUCACCAAGUCAGAAGUGUACAACCCCCGACCCCCGGCCUACAGCAUUCGACCACGAUACGGAAGCAUAGGAGACAAGUCUAGAAAUCCCGGUCCUGCGGCAUACCUACCCAACAGACAGACCCGAGGGUCGGGAUGUAGCUUUGGUAUGCGACAUUCGAACUAUACUACACUUCUCAUCGCGAGUUAAAAGUGUAUGUGAUGUUCAAAUUUCUAAAGUACGAUUGCUAAGAUUUAGAGGGACCUUAGUAAACUUCGCAUGUUGACAUCAAUAAAGUUGUCACUACACUACAGUGCGAAAUGUCAUGCCAACGAAACAUCACUGGAAAUAACGAGGUUGUAAAAUGGGAAUAACUUAAAACAUCUGGACUUCUUAAUUACAGGGAGUCUUUCACCGGAAGUCACUUUAAAAUGUGAUUGGUGAAUUUAACAAAGAUUUGUGGUGUAGGCCGAAAUUGAAUUGUUGGUGCUGCUGGAGAAGGAGAUGAGAAGUACUAUCAAUGUUAUAGUUUAUGUAAUCCUGAUUCUGUUUAGUGUAGUAAAGGAAGAGAGUAGAUUAUUAUUCAACCGGAAAUAGUCAAUGUACGCAUGCGUAUGCGGGAACGGAAGGACAUGACUUGUGUGGAGUUUAUGCCUCAAAUAAGUGGACUUCGCUGUGAUAUAAAACUGUGAUAUGACUAUAUCAAAUGUAAACAGAGGUGUAUCGCCAUACGUGCGUGUCGACACACGGAAGACACAACACGUUGACUUGUGGCGAGGACUCGGUUAACAAUGGCGCUGCACGUUAGCCGGGGUCAGCUCGGUGUUACGGUUAGGGAAACAGGCCCAGUAGUGCUUAUACUCAUUAUCAUAUUUACAUGUCCUAACAUAUAUUAUCGCUUUAGCUUAUAGUAUACAGAUAUUGUUGCCAUGACAUUCUAUGUAAGACAUGUUUAUUAAUUUUGUCCAUUUUACAGUUUAGUUUCUUGUUGCAUGCAAUAGAUUUAUGUUAUUACUUAAAUUUGUUAAUUUUAGUUAAUCUAAAAAUAAAAUAAUCUAAUACUCCC